UUCUCGUGCCGCAUCGCUAUUUGUUUUUUUAUAUUUUUGAGUCACUUACAAAGUCGUAAUAUGACAGAGUUUGAAUUGAGCUUUUGACACUUUUCCCCUUGACCCUUCCUUAUGUUAACAUUUCUGCACACACAUCGUUCUGACACUUUGUCGGUUUGUUGUACUUUCAGUUUGUAAACAAAAGAAGCUUUUACUAUAACACAACACAAUUAAGCUUUCAAUUCAUAAAAAAUAAACUAUGGAUUAUCUUCUUGGUGGCUCAGCAGCUGUGUGCGCUGGAUUCUUCAGCAAUCCAUUGGAUGUAAUAAAAACCCGUCAGCAAUUGCAAGGUGAACUACAAAAAACCACAAGAGGAUCUUCACAGCCAUACAAAGGACUUUUUCAAUCCAUCCGUUCCGUCAUAAAAGCUGAAGGACUAUGGGGUCUACAAAAAGGUCUUGGUUCAGCUUUAACAUUUCAAUUUGUCUUGAAUAGUUCUCGUCUGGGACUAUACCAAACCGUUGAUGAUUUAAAUUGGACAAGAUUUGAAAAAGAUAAUUCUCAACGUUCCCCAGUGUUAUGUGUCUUUUGGGGUGGAGUUUCUGGUUGUCUUGGUUCAGCUUUGGGUUGUCCAUUUUAUAUGAUAAAAACUCAAAUACAAGCUCAAUCUGUGGGAAAGUAUGCGGUGGGUUAUCAACAUCAUCACAAAAAUACUCUAAGUGCCUUAAUCAAUACUGUCAAUAAACAAGGAUUCUUUGGAUUGUGGCGUGGUUUCUCAGGUAUUGUACCACGAACAGUUGUUGCAUCUUCAGCACAACUUGGAAGCUUUUCAACAUGCAAGGAUUUUCUUGUUCAAUAUGAAGUUUUUCAAAAAUCCCUUCUUUUAACGGCAAUCAGUUCGAGUAUGGCGAGUAGUUUUUGUGCUGUAGUCUGUAUGACACCUUUCGAUGUAGUUGCAACAAGAAUGUUUAAUCAAGGAGUGGAUUCAAAUGGUAAAGGACUUUUGUAUAAAAAUAUUGUUGAUUGUGCCAUGAAAACUUUUCGCUAUGAAGGUCUUAAAGGACUGUAUAAAGGCUUUGUUCCUAAUUAUUGCCGCACUGCUCCCCAUUCAAUACUUAAUUUAACAUUUUGGGAACAAUUCAAAAAAUGGAAAAAUAUGUAUUGGCCUAAAGAAGAAAUCGUUUGAAUAAAAAAGAUGUUAUUAAAAUAAAGCCUAUUUAAGUCGAACACAAAGAAGUAUUACAAUAAAGUUAAAAA